UUUUUAUUUAUUGAUCAGUAAUUGUUUAUAUAAAUACUCUUGUGGCAUUAAAAGAGGAGCAUUAUAUUGGAAAUGAAAAGUUUCACAGCAAAGAAUAUGGAUAGAGAGGGUAUGCAGCUGCUGUCCCUUCGUCUCUCCAGGGUGCUGAAGGACAUUGGGAUCAGCAGGUACGUCCGUAAAAAAGGAGGAGAACAUGGCUGAUGAUUGAAGCAAUGAACCGUUUAUCCGAUAGGUUAAAUUGUUACCAUACGAGAUCCUAUCGGUUUGGUAGUCAGACAGAGGGGACCACCACACAUGGGAUGAGGUCAGACGUUGACACAUUAUAUUGCGAUGAAAACAUGCCUGUAAUACUAGACUGGAGUGAGUGGAGGCAGGGGAAGAGGAAUCACCUGGUGGUAAAAACAGAACACUCCCCACCCCAGCACUGCUGGCUGCAGAGAGUCAGAAAUGACCUCCCAUUACCAGAGAAAAAGGCGUUACUGCCUGGUGAUAUUGUUGACAAUAAGCGAAGAGUGCUCAUAACCAACACUCAUAUUGAUGUAAACGAUCGUUUAGUAAAAGUAUUUUGCAAACCAUGGGAAUUAAUCAAACAUGGUCCAUCACAGACAGCAGGUGAAAUGUUAGAUUUUGUUUUUGCAUAUUACUCGGUCAACCUUCCUGAAAAGUGCAAGUUCUUGUUCCACAGGCCAUGCCCCGGUCACUGGCCUAGACAUGACACAUUGGCCAAAGCAAGGCAAACUGGAGUGUUCCUUGUUCCACAGGGAUACAAUGAAGAUCCUUCAAAGCAAGUCAGGUGCCACUCUCCAACAUUACAUGUGCCUCCAGAAGACUUACACUAUCCUCAUUCAAAGCGAGAGUGGAGAUUUUCAACUUCAUUGAUGAAGAGACUGCUUGUAUUUGAUAUGGAUAAAGUACAGCAUAGGGUAUAUGUAUUCGUCAAUAUGAUUAUAAAAUCAAUCAUUAAGCAGUUCCUAGAUAAUCGUUUCAGCACAUUUCAUGUUAAGACUGCAAUAUUGUUCACUAUAGAGACAUAUCCAUCAAACAUAUAGAGGGAUGACAACUUUGUACAGUGUGUCUUCUCUCUGACCACACUUCUCAGAUGGCUGAAGAUCAGGUAUUGUCCCCACUACACAAUCUCUGGUGUGAAUCUAUUCACUGGAAAACUGUUUAAACAUGAGCAAAAAAGCUUAUAUAGCAUUAUAUCGACAAUCAUCAAGAAAAUCAUUCAGUGCAUGUUUUCCAUUGAAAUGGACGACCUUGGGACAAGAUUGUAUUAUGUGAUUUAUUCUGUGAUGUUCCCACAAGGAAUUACAGAUCUUAAACCAAGGGCUAUAAUGAAUGAGCUCCAAAUAUCAGAUUGUUAUGAAUGGUUUUCAUCAGUCGGUACAGGAAUGUCAAAAAAUAUGAAUACAAAACAAACCAUUCUUGAACGUCUAGAGAUGCUGUGUUUCAAGAAUGACAAUAACACAGCACUUGAAAAAGAGGCAGCAACUGUGUUAAUACCUUUAGUGUGUGGAGGUCUUGCUUCCAUCCACACCUCAAGGUGUAUAUACCAAGGAAAACCCUUCACAAGUGACAUUCUUAACUUGUACAGGUUGUCUUUCGACUUUGACCUGCUGUACAAUAUGUUGAAGUUUGCAUCCAUGUUGUACUGCAAGGGGCAGUAUGAGGCAGCAGGAAAAUACCUGACCUACUGUGAGGGACUUCUGGGCGUUCUGUGUGGCAAUACUGUGGUUGUACUUGAAACAAAACAACAAAAACAGUACAUGGAAAAGAUUAUAAACACACCAUUUAAAGAUAUGUUAAUGAGAUAUACAGUAUUCCAUGUUAUUUUCACUCAACAAGAUAUUCAUUGUGUUCCGCAACAUCUGGUGUUUGAAAUGUUCAGAACAAUAACAGAUGAAGACAGGCAACAAAGACAUCCGGAAAAUUUUUAUGAGUGGAUGGACCUCAUUGUGAUUGACACAAUCCCAUUUCUCCACUACCUGCAGUACCUCACACACAGACAACUGAACCAACGAUACAGAAAACUUGUAGCACUUUUCAACCUCGCUUACUACAUAUCUUUAAGUGAAUGUCGUGGUAACAUAGAUACAACCUUAAAUAUGCUUGGACACUGUUGUGAACUGGAGAACAAUCUCCAUCUGGCUUGGCUCUGCUACAUUAGGUCACUGCGACUCUACCCAAGACACAAUGCAGCAAACUGGCACGUAGUUAUGAUCAUGUAUCAACACAUUCAUCGUUGCAGGAUCAGGCUUUAAUUUCGUUUGAUGAUCAAGUGAUUCCAGAAAAAGAAAAACAAAAUAUCGUACACAAUUUUAAUAUGGACUAUAGUUAUGCAAUAAAUAUACUUGUGCAUGUAUAUAUAUUUCAAUGAUAUCAAUAACAUAAGUUUUACAUUCAAUUCAUCAUUUUUUUUCUUAGAAACCAGUCAAGCUUAGUACAAGAACAAUACAAUUUCAUUGAUUUCUUUUAAACUUAAUUUCUAUAAUUGUUUCUUCAAGCCAAAUUGCUAAAAUUCCUGAAGGUUAAUAUCAAGAAACUCUGUCCUGUCAUAUAUGAAAGAAACUUACCAUCGAGACAGUCAUACUGUAAGGAGAUCUUCGCUGGGGCACCAUAGUAUGUCCUCGUCACAUUGUUCACCAUUGACAACGUGGCUAUUAUAAUUCCUAAAAAGAAGAUUGUUAUUGUUCACCAUUGACAACGUGGCUAUUAUAAUUCCUAAAAAGAAGGUUGUUAUUGUUCACCAUUGACAACGUGGCUAUUAUAAUUCCUAAAAAGAAGGUUGUUAUUGUUCACCAUUGAC